AUGAAGCUCUUCAUCUUUUCGCUGUUGCUCGCCAUGCUUGCCGCCUGCGUCGUCGGCUCUGCGCCCAAGAAAAUGGUCCUGGUUAGCGCCGACAGCCCUAGCGUCAUCGACCAUGCCAUCCAGUGGAUUGAGCAAGAGAAGGGCGCAGUCGUUCACAAGUACUCACUGAUCCACGCCUUCCUCGCCGAAGCGCCCGCCAGCGUCUUCGAGAAAGCCAAGGAGACGUUCACCACGAACAACUGGGGCAACUUGGUCAUGGAGGAAGACCAGGAGGUGCACGCCUGGAGUGAGUCCUCGAAUUAG